UUCUUCUUCUUCCUCCUCCAUUUCCAACCAGCUCCCGUCGCCAUCCGGCACACUUCCCAAAACACUUCCUCUUCCUAAUCCUCACUGAGAGCACUUCCUCGGUAAUCGUCGAUCACCGUCGAUUGAUUCCUUGCUUGCUUCCUUCUCGCACCAAUUCCUUGCUUCCUUUCAUUGCGCUUCUUUGUUUUUUGUUCGAAUCGGUCAAACUUUGACUUACCUCACUUUGGAUAACGGCAGCUCGUCAUCGUCAUCAUCGAUCAACGAUUUUGGAUGAAGUGAGGAAGGAUUCGAAGUAGCAAGCAAGCAUAGGCUCUCCAAUGGCGGCCGCUACUGUUACUAGUACUACUACAUCUUCCUGUUCUUCUUACUAUUACUUGCUGUGCUGUUUCUUCGCCGCCGCAGUGUGCUUGAUCGCUCCGUCUUUGACCACCGGCGUCGACGCGGGACCGCUCGACGCUAAUCUCACCGCCGAGUUGUCGGUCGACGCCUCAUUCCGCCGGCCAAUUCCCAGCACUCUUUUUGGAAUUUUCUUUGAGGAGAUUAAUCAUGCUGGAGCUGGUGGACUAUGGGCAGAACUUGUGAGCAACAGAGGAUUUGAGGCUGGGGGUCCUAACACUCCGUCGAAUAUAGAUCCGUGGUUGGUCAUUGGAGAUUCGUCGUUCGUGGUUUUAUCUACCGACCGGUCAUCCCCCUUCGAGCGAAACAAGGUUGCUCUUCGGAUGGAUGUACUCUGUGACUUGGAGAGUUGUCCAUCUGGGGGAGUUGGUGUGUAUAACCCUGGAUUCUGGGGCAUGAAUAUAGAAGGGGGAAAGAAAUACAAACUGGUUCUUUAUGUUCGCUCACUAGAUUCUAUUGAUGUGUCUGUGCUGUUGACGGGAUCAAAUGGGUUGCGGACAUUGGCUACUACCAUCAUCAAAGGCCCUGCUUCAGCUGUUUCAGACUGGACAAAGGUGGAGACCGUGCUAGAAGCUGAGGAAACUGAUCACGGUGCAAGACUUGAAUUACGAACUUCAAAAAAAGGUGUGAUUUGGUUUGACCAAGUUUCAUUGAUGCCUGAAGAUACAUACAAGGGGCAUGGUUUUCGGUCUGAGCUCGUUGAAAUGCUUAAAGAAAUAAAACCUCGAUUUAUCAGAUUCCCAGGCGGCUGUUUUGUGGAAGGCGAAUGGUUAAGGAAUGCAUUCCGAUGGAAAGAAUCAGUUGGCCCUUGGGAGGAGAGACCUGGCCACUUCGGUGAUGUUUGGAUGUAUUGGACUGAUGAUGGACUUGGUCACUAUGAGUUUCUUCAACUAGCUGAAGAUCUGGAUACAGUGCCCAUAUGGGUUUUCAACAAUGGUAUUAGCCACCAGGAUCAAGUUGAUACUUCAAGCAUCUUACCUUUUGUGCAAGAAGCCCUUGAUGGUAUCGAGUUUGCUAGAGGUGAUGCCAGUUCAAAAUGGGGUUCUCUGCGAGCUUCCAUGGGACACCCCGAACCAUUUAAUUUGAAACAUGUUGCCGUUGGGAAUGAGGAUUGUGGAAAGAAGAACUACCGAGGAAAUUACCUCAAGUUCUAUGAAGCUAUAAAACGGGUGUAUCCUGACAUCCAGAUUAUCUCAAACUGUGAUGGGUCUUCUCAUCCGUUGGACCAUCCAGCCGACUAUUAUGAUUUCCAUGUUUACACAGAUGCGAGCAAUCUGUUUUCCAUGUCUCACCAAUUCGAUCACACAUCACGCAGCGGUCCGAAGGCCUUUGUGAGUGAAUAUGCGGUGACUGGAAAAGAUGCCGGCACAGGAAGUCUCUUAGCUGCACUUGGUGAAGCUGCAUUCCUCAUUGGUGUGGAGAAAAACAGUGAUAUUGUUGAGAUGGCUAGCUAUGCACCACUUUUUGUGAACACCAACGAUAGAAGGUGGAACCCAGAUGCAAUCGUUUUUAAUGCAUCAAAGGCAUACGGAACUCCAAGCUACUGGAUGCAGCGUUUCUUUGCAGAGUCAAGUGGGGGAUACCUCGUCAACUCUACACUUGUAACUAGUUCCUCCAGCUCGCUUGUUGCAUCUGCAAUUACUUAUCAAGACUCCAAGGACCGAAAUACUUACCUGAGAAUAAAGGUUGUAAACUUUGCAAGCAGCACGGUGAAUCUCAAGAUCUCGGUGAGCGGAUUGGGGGCCAACACUGUGGGGUUAUCAGGAUCAACAAAGACCGAACUCACAUCUGCGAAUGUGAUGGAUGAAAACUCCUUCCAGCAACCAAAUAAGGUGGCACCAGCUCAAAGCAUGCUGCAGAACGCUGGAAAGGACAUGGACGUGCUGAUCUCUCCCAAUUCCUUGACCUCAUUUGAUUUAUUAAUCGAAUCGAAUUCGAUCUGGACUCGAAGAUCCGAUCCUUUGGUAUCUGUUAUGUAAAUUAACCCCACACACCACUGUCAUGAACCAGUUGUUGGGAGAAGGUUAUGCUGGAUCUUAUACCACUCUCUAACACGCCCCUCAAACGAAAGCCAACCCACGGGCUUGAAGUUUGCACAGGCCCACCAUACCAUGUGCUUGAAAGACAACGGUUAAUAUUGGGGGUCGUGGAGAUUCGAACACAUGACCUUUCGGUUCUAGGCUCUGAUACCAUGUCAUGAACCAGUUGCUCCCAAUAACUCGAGUUGUUGGGAGAAGGUUAUGCUGGAUCUUAUACCACUCUCUAACAACCACAACCCAAAACCUAAUACCGAUUACCAAAUUCAUAAACUGAUCCAUGAACAACGCUCUUGUAGUACUUGCCAAUUGCCAUUUCAUUGUACACCACACGAUUACAUCCUCGAAUAAAACGGUUGCAUUACGUAA